AUGUUGCCUCCUAAACCGUCUGGCAUGGAUUCCAGCCAAAGGGGCCGAUCAACCGCUGAUACUAUCAACCGAAAGAGAUCAUCUAGUUCACUUAACGCGCCCCUACUACCAAAGAAGCGCACUUGCUCCAGCUCCCCAACAAAAAGGGAGCAAACUCCGUCGACGCAUAACCGAAUCCGCCGUCGCGUCAUUGUCCGCGACUACGGAACACCUAUAUACAAGGCAAGCUCUUAUGUCGCCAUAAUUGCUGCGUUGGAGAGAUUUGCGGAGGUAAACAGAUACGAGUCUCUACACGACCGUGGUAGCAUGCUCCAGCGCGACAUGUCGAUUGGAAACCUUAUGAUGAACGAGGAUGUCGAUAACCCUUCCUGGCCCUCAUUCUCAUCGAUCUCGCAAUUAAAUCGGAGCAAGAGGAGCCUUCGGGAGCACGAAGCAAGACCGGCACGAAAGCUUUUAUAGCUAUUAGGGUACUCCUUGGCGAGAAUCAUUCCUUCAUACACGAUCUAGAAUCGUUCUUCUAGGUUUGAUAAGUGGAACUUUUCAGAUACAGAAGAGUUAGCUGAGUCCAAGAAAGGGGCA